ACAGAUCACGUGACGUCAACAAACAUACACAGGAAGCAUGUUUUCUCGAUAGUUUCAUCAUCGUCCCGCGCUAUGUGGUGAUCGACGACCAAAUACUUCAUGUGGAUGAUAAAAUUAGAUAGAAACACAGCUUAUCAGAUAUAUCGAAGAACUUAGGAGUUUUAUUUUUUGUCUGUUAGUGUUUUGCUCACCAAGAGUUAACAAGUGAAUGUUGUUAUCGUAUAUAAAUUAACUACACGUGUUAACAAAACCAACAUGACAAAAACCAGUAAUCUUGUGAAUGGAACUCGAUCGUCUGUUUCAGACUCGUCGAGUGAUUCAGGCAGUGCUAUUAAAUUGAAAAAAGAACUUGGACUACACAAUGGAGUGGCAAUCAUUGUUGGUGUAAUUAUAGGAAGUGGGAUUUUCAUAUCACCCAAAGGAGUUCUACUUGAAUCUGGUUCAGUUGGACUGUCGCUCAUAGUUUGGCUCAUUUGUGGACUAAUUUCGUUAGUAGGGGCAAUAUGUUAUGCAGAACUUGGUACAAUGAUUGUCAAAUCAGGAUCGGACUAUGCAUACAUUGGUGAAUCAUUUGGACAUCUUCCUGCAUUUCUGUAUUUGUGGGUAGCUCUCGUGGUAAUUAUCCCCUGCGGUAAUGCCAUAGGGGCCUUGACAUUUGCAGCAUAUGUUUUGGAACCAGUGUUCCCAUGUGAUGGUGGACCCCCAGAGACAGCGAUGAGAUUAUUAGCAGCUCUUUGCAUUACAAUUCUCACCUACGUCAACUGUAAAAAUGUGAAAUCAGCAGCCUUAAUUCAGGAUAUCUUCACAGCAACCAAAAUCAUUGCCCUCGUCAUGAUCAUCAUCAUUGGUAUUGUCUUUAUGUUCAAAAGUGAUAGAGAAAGUUUCCAAGAACCAUUUGAAAAUUCUACAUCAUCACCAGGCAAAUUUGCAUUAGCUUUUUACUCAGGAUUGUAUUCUUAUGCAGGAUGGAAUUAUUUAAAUUUUGUAACAGAAGAAUUAAAAGACCCAUAUAAAAAUUUACCACGUGCAAUAGGCAUUUCAAUUCCAUUAGUGACGAUUAUUUAUUUGUUAGCAAAUGUUGCUUAUUUUGCUGUACUGACACCCGCAGCCAUGUUGGCAUCAAAUGCUACAGCAGUGACAUUUGCAGAGAGAACAUUAGGUGUCAUGUCAUGGAUCAUGCCUGUUUUCGUUGCCUGCUCAACAUUUGGUGGCCUUAAUGGUGCUAUCUUCACAUCAGCAAGAUUGUUUUUCGUUGGGGCCAGAGAAGGUCACUUGCCAGGAUUUCUUGCUACGAUAAAUAUCAACAACUUCACACCCACACCUUCCUUAGCAUUUGGUUGCGUUAUGUCUCUUGUAUAUUUAACAUCAACAGAUAUCUAUGCAUUAAUUAACUAUGCCAGUUUUGUGGAGACAGGAUUUAUUGCUAUUAGUAUUUGUGGCCUGUUAUAUAUGAGAUACACUCACCCUAAUGCACACAGACCAAUUAAGGUGCAUUUAUUAUUCCCAAUAUUUUUCCUGAUAAUCUGUGCAUUCCUGUUGAUUGUUCCUUUGUUAGACAGUCCUAAAGAAUGUUUCAUGGGAAUGAUUGUUGUUGCCUCAGGGAUACCAGUGUACAUUCUAGGAGUAUGUUGGGAAAAGAAACCAAAGUCUUUCCUGUCUCUCUGUGAUAAGUUUUCAGUGUUGACACAGAAGAUAUUUGUGAGUGUUCGUGAAGAGUUGAAAGAAGAUUAAAGGAAGAAAUAGUACAGAUAUACCUCAUGUGACUGUUAUAGAGCAACGAUAUCAACAAUACUAACUAUUAGAUGUGAUUUUUAUUUGUUAUAAAUUCAUUUGUAAAAUCUAAGGUUCUAUACACCUUUAAAAAAAUAAAAAAUUAAAAGAUUAUUUUAUAAUUUUUUUAUAGAAGAAACUUUAUACUGAAAAUUAUUUUAAGAUCAUUUUACAGAUUAAAGUGAAAAAAAGACAAUGGAAAAUAAAGACAAGUGUAUUUGGAAUUUUUUGAUUUUGUUUUUGUACAAAUGGAUAAAAAUGAGAAGUUUUUUGUUUGGAUGUAAGUUAAAGAUAAGAUGUGGAGGAAGUAAAUUUAAAAAAAAACUCAAAUGACAAAUUUUGCAUUUAUGAAUAUUUAUAUUGUGCAUUUUAUAUUAAAUUUUGAUUGUUAUGGAUCAGAUAUUUUGAGUAAUAUUUAUGAAAUUACUUAUAUUAUAAUUUUAAAAGAUGUCAGUAAACCUCUCAUUGAAAUCAUUUAAUUUGUCACCAGAAAUUGAAAUCAAUUAAUUUGUCACCAAAAAUUGUUUUAUCUACUAAUUGCUUAACUACGCAAAAUUUGACAACUGCAAUGUCAAACUCUUAUAAAUACUUUAAUUUUGUGCUAUUGAUUUAUUAAAUAUUUUCUAGACUUUUACAUAACCAAAUGGUCUGUAAUCACCAAUAGGAAACAAUUUCAAAUCCUUUAAGCUGAAUGUCAGAUCUCUCUUGAUCAUGAUAAAAAUCUUUGCUGUUUUCUCCAUUAUUGCAGUCAUUCAAUAUAUCACAGAAUAUUCUUAAAAAUUAGUCAAUUGGAUAUUGUGUUCAAAUUUUGCCUGUGUAAAAGAAAGUUAUUUUCACCUUAUUUGUUGAAAUACAUGUAUAUUUACAAUCCUGUUUGAGUACAUAAGUUUUGAUGUUUUUUAUGUGAUGGUAUUUUCUUUGGUAUUCUAGAUGUAUUUCUAUUAUGUAAAAAAGUAAUGUUUGGACAUUUGCUUUUGUGAAGAAAAUUUUUGUUUUGAAUAGUGAACACUUCUAACAUUUGAACAUGUUUUUUUAUACAAUGACAUUAGAAUGCAUGACUGCACAAUCAUGCAGAAGAUUCAUCAAAUUUAAAUGUCGAAAUGGUGUCAUCUGAUUUCAAUGUAAAAUGCAAAAUUUAGCUCUAAGAAAACAAGUUUCAUAUAAAAUCAGCAUAAUGUGAGUAAAAUGGUGCGUGUUUGAACUUUUUAUUGUUUUGUGGUGUGAUAUGUUAUUACCAUAUAUUGUUUCCAAAUUUGGGACCAUGGUUGGGUUAUAUUUGUUAAUUUUCCAUGGGAAAUACUUUUUUUAAUAUAAUUUAAAAAGGAGUGAAAAAUAUAUUGUUAGUUAUAAAAGAGAACGUCAAUUCCAUUUCAAAUAAGACUUUUGAGUGAUAGGAUAAUAACCAAUUUACUGUGUGACAAAACAAAUCCCAUUUGGGCAUUAUGGUGCAAUAGAAAAUCAUUAAUACAAUCAAUCAAUCAUACUUAGAUGCUUAUUCUCUUGGGAAUGGCAAUUAUUUCAUAGUAACUUGAGCUAAUAUAAAGCAUAUGUAAAAUAUAUGUCAUUAGAACAAAAAAAAAUACUUAUUUAAGGUAUGGUAAAAUAAUCUAUAUAUUCAUAGAAAACAUUUUGUAAAUUGAGAAAUUUCUUGCUAUUAACAAAUUCUAAUCAUUGGUCAUAUUAUUGUCUGUUUAUGUUAUUGAUCAUGUGAUCUUUAUGUUUGUUUAUGUUUUUGAUCAUGUGACCCUUAUGUUUUUGAUCAUGUGACCUUUAUGUUUGUUUAUGUUUUUGAUCACGUCAUGACCUUUAUGUUUGUUUAUGAUCAUGUGACCCUUAUGUUUUUGAUCAUGUGAUGUUUAUUUUUGUGUUUGUUCAUGUUAUUGAUCAUGUUGUUUUUUUGUGUGUUUGUGUUUGUUGAUUCUAUUCUAAGAAGAGGAUGGGGUCUUCUAUUGUACAAACUUUCUAUGUUAUUAACAGUGUGUAAAACUUGGAUUUGGUAUUUUGUAUUUUAAUUUACAUUUUUGAAUGUCAUCAAGACAUCAGUUCUUAAAAUGUAUGUAUAUAUACCAUUUCAAAGUUAAAUUGAUUUGGGGAUUGGGAAAUUUUUGUACAAGCAGCAACUAUUUAUAUUCUAUGUGUCCCACAAUCCUUGUUUUUUUUUUUUUUUUUAAUUUUAGCAAUAAACAUUUUUUACUAUUCUGUUAGCAUCCUCCAAGAUAUAAAUAUUAUCCAUUUAGAUAUCAUAAAACGAAGACCUGAAACAUUUUCUACUCAACUGUACCUUAUUAGAAUCAACACAGCAUGCUACAGCCCAAGAUAUGAAAAUAGAACUAUACAGAGCCUGCAAAUUGAAACUAGCUCAGAUGUUUACAAAGACCAACAAUAAUUUAUAAUCAUUUUUUCAUUCUUUGGAAAAAAAAAAAAUUUGCUCGGAUGUAAAUGACAUCAUCACACAAUGCAAGCUGUUGCAUUAAAAAUUUAAUGAUUUGUGCCUCUUUAAGAAAAAUACUUAAACAUUUUUAAGGUAAAAAUGUAGCAACAUCCUUACAUUUUUCAUUCAUUAUAAUCACUAUUUGAGACAACUUGGACAGACAGUAUAUUAAAUUAAUAUGUAGUAUUCAAAAUAUUCUCGCUCAAAAAUGGUCACAUCAGUCACAUAUAUGUGUGUGGUUCUUGUUGAUAAUUUUAUUGCCAUUUUGGUGGCUCAUUUAGACUUUGAAACUGAAAGUGACACUAUCACAACACUAAGAUUAUUGCAAGAUAAUCUAAUAACAAUGUCAAUAAGAAUCAUAAAUGGACUGCAUUUAUCAAUGCCAAUGAUUUGAAGAUAAAUUGUUCAUAUCUAGUAAUUAUCACAUUUUGCAGAAUUAGAUAAUUAGGUUAUCUAACAGCAAUUGUUAAAAAAGUUUUUUUAAAUUGGCCAACUUCAGUUGUGUCAUUUUCUUUAGGUAUUGAAAUCAUGAAAUAUAACAUUUGAACAGAAUAACUUCAGUAAACUAGUCAAUUACAUUGAAAAACAUGCGAAGUCAGUAUUCUGUCUCAAUAUUUUACAGUUCAGAUGUUUGUUCAAAAUUAGAAUGAAAAUGAAAUUAAGCCCUAUACAGAAUCCACUUUUGCUAUAUUUUCUGUUCCGGUAGUAUUUCAAUAUUUAUUGUAAAGCAACGCUCAGACCCAUGUAUGUGUAAAAUGAGGUAAAUAUACAAUAAAAAACAUAAUUUAUAAUACAAUGGUAACACUUAAAAACAAAAACAAAUAAAAAUUCAUUCAAAUCAAUAUACAUAUCACAAUAAGUUAUUUAGCUUUCUAAUUAAAGAUGAAACCUGUCGAUAUAAAUUAACAUUGCAUUAAGAUAACAUAACAGAUAAUUUCUGCUUGCUUGGAUGCUUUGUAUAAUAACUAGGGAUAUGUUUUUCUCUAAAAAUAACCAGUUGGGGAGACUUGCAUAUAAAAAGAUGGUGAAAUUCGUCUCCUACAUUUUCUUUACAUAUGUGACAUUUUCGGUCCUCCGCCGGAAUAUUAUACCAACACCCAGUUUCAAUGGGAAUUUUUAAAUCAAAUGAAAUUAAGCCUUAUACAGAAUCCACUUUUUCUAUAUUUUCUGUUCCGGUAGUACAAACAUGUAUGGAAAUAUUUAAAACAUGAAAUUUUCACAAAACCAUUAAAGUCAUCCCUAGUGUGGUUUAUUGACCUCAAUAUUACUUGUAUUAGUUAGCUACAUUUGAGGUACAAAUAUGAAUGAGCCUUUUUCUUACUUUGGUCUGUCUCAUUGCUGUUAAUUUUUUAAUACAUUUAUUUGUUACUGAUUUAUAUUUUGAUUGUUUAUUAAUUAUAUUGGUUUUUACCAACAUUAUUGAAUAUCUAUAUUUCAUGGUAUAGAACUGUAACCAUUGUUUUUUUUGUAAAUAUUUCCUCAGAGACUUUGAUACUACAUGUAUAUACUAUAAUAUAAUUUAUAAGUUAAUCAGAAGUAUCUCAUAUUAUCUAAAUAACAAAUACCGGUAAUUCUCUUAUUUUAUUUAAGUACAUUUACAAGGAACAUUUCUAUAGAUAUUGUGUGUACCAGAAUUUUUAUCAUCAAGCUUGAGUAUGAAAAAUCUCAGGUUGCAGUCCUAUAGAACUAGUCAAAAACUGUACCAAAACUUGAAGCUCAGUUAUAUUUUUGACAAUCAAAGAUAAGUAGUUUUUGUUUAUUUUGAUAGAGCUAGUUGAUUCAAUGUUUGGAUUGUAAUUUUUUAGUUAAGAUUGUUCCAUUUAAGGAUGUUCGCUACUUAUGUUUUUGACUUUUUGUCAGGUAUACUGAAAUAUCUAGUUUUAUUUAUGUAGUGCCAAUAAAACUUUGCCCGCUAACCCCUACUUUUCUUUUAUACUUUUAUUACAUAAAGUUUAACAAGCCAUUUUUGUUUGACCUGGCCCUUAUAAAACUCAAUUAUUCAGACAAGAUACUUUAAAAAAGGUAUUCAAAAGAGUAAAAAAUACAUUUAAACAUAUGUAUAGGUAUGCAUUAGGUCCUCUUGUGCUUAAAAUCCCCCUUGGAGAUAUUUAAAGGUUGGCCGGUAUGGUUCUGUUAUUUAUAUACAUAUCAAUUUAUAACGGUCUUUUAAAAAUCUUUUUUUAAAAGAGGAGAGAACAUCCUUAGAAGAACAUGCCACUCAUAAAAACAAUUUUCAUUCUAUCAUAAAUUCUAGUUUCACAUUUUUGUGUGUGAUAAAAAAUUACAAGAUACCAAAUUUGGUUUUAUGCAUCAUAUAAUACUCUUUUGAAAAAUUUAUUUUCAUCAGUGAUUUUUUAAACAAUAUAUGAAACCAAGAAGUAGGAAAAGUUGAAGACCAAUUAACCCCAAAUAAUACAUGUAACUAAAUGUUUGCAUGAAAAGGUGCUUCUCAAAAAUUUAAUGCCAAUUUAAAAAAAGAAAAAUGUUUUCAUUGUCAUUUACUGUCAAACUACUAUAAACUCAUUUCACCUAACAAAAUUUGAAGUUACAAAAGAAAGUAUUUUCAACCUCAUUUUUCAUCCCAUCUCUUGUACAUGCAAAAGAGUUUACCUGACACAAGUUCAGAUGUCAUAGUCUCAUUUCCUGUUUUACAUUGAUACACAUAUAUUCAGAUUCAUUUCACCAGAUUUAUUUAUCCUGUUGUUUUAUCAUUUGUUUAAACUUGUACAAUUUUUUUGCUAUUAUAUAAUGACAUUUUUAUAUUCCACUGCCUCUUGUAUACACAUGGUGCCUGGUACUUUGUUUUACUAAUUGUAUGAUAUUUGCUACUUUUACAUAUAUAAUGCAUCUCUGUUGAAGUUCUUUUUACGCAAUCUAACGUCUUAAAUAUCCAAAAUGAUGUUUUUUUUGUAGGUCAUAAGUUAUUUUGGUGUUUGAUAAACGAUGAAAGUCAGUACUAUUAAAUCUGUGCAAACUUUUUUCAAGAUAUUGCGUAAGGAUUUAUUGAGAAAUAACAUGAAUAAGAUCACUACAAAAAUGUGAGUUCAUAAAAUAAAGGUAUAUUGACUCAAAGAUGUGAGAUCAUAUAUACUUUAUACUGGGAAAAAAACAUUAUUACAGUGCCAUUUCUAAGAUAUUGUGAAUGAAAUUUGAUGCCAAAUAAAACACAAAUCUCCAAUCAUAUGUUUUUCUCACUGCAAUAAACUUAUCAAAAACGAGAACUGUUUACAAUAUGUAAGACUUGGAGUGACACCCAUCCACAAAUACAUAUUUUUCAAUCAAUAAAUAUCCUAUCAAUUUUAAGACAAAGAUUUUUUUGGUAAAGAAUUGAUUUAGAUUUAAUAUUUCAACAAAUUUUUUGUAAAUUAUUGUAUAUAAUUACUAACUACGCACAACGUCUUAUAGAUAUAUCAAUACAAAUUGUAACUACAAUUUAAACCACUUUAGGAUUUAGUGCAAUAAGGUCAUAGAGUCUGCUUCAAGCAUUUUUAUACCUGCAUUAACUGCAUUAGGUCAUAUAUAGUGUUCACUUAUAUCUGUGCAGUUACCUCCUUUAAUUUGUCUAUGUGUCCCUUAUUUAAUCUGCAUUCCACAUUAAAAGCUACUUUCUGAAUAGUGUAAACAGAUUUUAUGAAAGAAUUUGUUGUUUAUAGCUACAGGAGUAAAUAAAUAUGAAAAUAUACAAAUAAUUCAAAAAUUAGGAUUAGGAAACAAGAGCAGCAUGCUUUAAUAUAUAAAUCCAUCUCCCUAUAUAUUUUGAAUAUCAGCGGAACUUUUUUUUCUCUUUUUGUCUUUCUGAAGUGUUCUACAUUUUGGUUCUUCAUUAAGGAUCUCUGAGAUGAUGUUGAAGUAAGAGUCAAAUUUUGAAGAUUCUGGUGUAAAGUGAAGUAUUCGUUAUCACUUUGCCUCCCCAACCACUGAAUGGAUUUCUUUCAAACAUGUGCCACUUCUCCCAAUUGUUGUGUAAGUUUCACAUUCUGAAUGCAGUUCAAAAUUAGAUUUGGAAAGGAAUCAAAUUAUUGAAUAUAUAUAGAAUCACAACACUUCUAGAAAAAUACAGAAAUUUUUCUGUAAAGUUAUAGCUACAAGCUUCUUAUUCAAAUUUACUGAAUGGAUUUCAGUCAAACACUCAUCAAUUCUUCUCUUUGUAGUGAAGAUAUGCAUAAAAUACUGUAAAAUCAGUAAUUUUUGUCAAAUUUUUAUUAUGCAAAAAUUGCAACAGGAAAGGUUUUGCAAAAAAAGAUUAAAUUGCAUUUUAAAUAUUUUUACGCAUUUUUAUUUUUAUUGCAGGAGUUAUAAUUUGUAUGCAGCAUUUCCUUUAAUAAACAUCAAGUUUUUACCAUUACUCAAUAAUGGCAACAAUAAAUGCACAUAAAAUUUCUGCAUUUAUUAUUCAUGCGACAAGUUUCAUAUAGGAGUCAAAUAGAAUAUUAAAAUGCAUUUAUAGAAGCUGAAAUUAAUAGAUGCAUUUAUUAAGAAUGAUUUGAUAUGCUCGUUUGAUAACUAUUAUUAUAUAACUAUACUGAUUGAAUUUAUUUUUUAUUUAAUGAGACUGUACUUGCAUUGUACAUUCUUUCAGAAUACAAAUGUGUAAACAUUUACUAAAUUUCUUGCAGUUGGUGAAGUAUAUCAUGUUUGUUGCAGGAUUUAUUUUAAAAAUUACUUAUUAGAAUUGUUAUUACUAGUAACAUUACACAGGUAUACUUUGUUUGAUUUUACUAGAAUUACCUCAAUUAAUUUUGAAAUCAAAAGCUGUCACUUUUUAAAAAUGGUCCAGCAAGGAUUAUAGAAUACUUCUAAUCAGCUGGCAUGAGAAUAGGUAUAUACCAAGACUUUUUAUUUUGUGUCAAACUUCUUUUUAAGAUACUUGAAAAAUGUUUGUGCAUAAAAAACUUUUAUGUUAAAUAUUAUAGAAAAUAUUGUUUUACAUCUCUUAGUGGUAUAACUUUGAAAGUUAUUAUUAAUUUAUGUCUUAAGUGAUUAGAUGAAGGCUUUAUUUGUUUGUUGAUGUUAAAGUAUUUAUUAAUAUGAUAAAAUGAAGAAAAGAUUACAUGUCUGUCAUAUAUUUUCUAAUUUAUAUGUUUUGUUCUCUUGUAAGGUUUUCCAUUUAAAGUGGAAAAAGAAUCAAAUUUCACACUGACAAUGAAUAGACAUUUUAUACAAGCAAGCACCUUCUGCUCCCUUAUUCUUAAGUAUAAUUUAUAUGUUAAAAAAAAAUCAACAGAUUAUUACUAUUAAAAUGCUUCCAAUUUAUCUCAUUAAUAUUUGCAAAUAAUAAAUGCACUCACAUUUAAUUAUGUGGCUAUCUUGGAGAAAGGAAAGAAAUAAAACAAUUUUAAAAUA